AUGAAGCUUUUCGUUGCUAUACAACUUCUCCUUUUCAAUACCUGCCAUAUUGCCUAUGGCCAUAUGCAGCUGGCAAACCCAUUUCCAGUCAGAAGCCCCCUAAACAAGGAAAAUACGAAUAAAGACUAUUCGUACACGUCUCCCCUGCGCUCAGAUGGCUCAGAUUACCCUUGCAAGGGCUACCAUAAUGACCCCUUCAAACCAACAGCGCAAUACAAGGCAGGACAGGAAUACUCGAUCGAGAUAGCCGGAGGUGCAACCCACGGGGGUGGAUCGUGCCAAAUCUCACUCUCAUACGACUCUGGCAAGACCUUCAAAGCUAUCAAGUCGUUCAUCGGGGGCUGUCCCUUGUCGAAGCAAUACAAGUUUACUAUCCCAAGCAACGCACCGAGUGGGAACGCUCUCCUCGCCUGGACCUGGUUCAACCGUCUGGGAAACCGAGAAAUGUAUAUGAACUGCGCACAUGUCACAAUAUCAGGAUCGAAUGAUAAUCCUGCUGGCAACAACAAAGCGGCUCUUUCAGGACAAGCAGCCCUUCAUGGGCUCCCCAACAUAUUCCUGGCAAACAUCAACCAAGCACCACAGUGCAAGACUGAUCACAGCAAAGAAGUCAUCUUUCCCUUUCCCGGGGAAUUUGUCGAAUACGGAUCAGGGGCAAAAGGCGCUGCCGAUAAAGGCUAUGCAUGCGCAAGCAAGUUUGAGGCGCCAGAGCCAGCACCACCUUCAUUAUUACCAUCGCAGCCACCAUCCUCUUCGUGCUCCAAGGCAGCGUCAAAAACACCAGCAGCACCUACAGCAACUUGUCCCAUCAACUGCACCAACGACCCUUUCUUCACCACAAACCACUACGAGAAGUAG